AUGGCAACGGCCGGUCGAAAGCACAAGCACGGACAGAGAGAGCCCGGACAAGUCCUUCUUCUUGCCAGGGACUUCAUCGACUGCUUCUACACCAACAUCGGAAGGUUGGGAACAGCGGCGCACACGGAACGCUGGGCGGCGAUAGAGAGAGAGGUCCAGGAGAAAGGCACCUACGAGUUGACCACCACGGAACUCGUCUAUGGCGCCAAACAGGCUUGGAGGAAUUCUCAACGAUGCAUCGGUCGCAUUCAAUGGUCGAGACUACAAGUGUUCGAUGCCCGGGCUAUGACUACCACGGCAGGGAUGUUCGAAGCGAUCUGCAACCAUAUUAAAUACAGCACAAACAAAGGGAAGAUCAGGGCGACGAUAACAGUGUUCCCUCAGCGAACGGAUGGGAAGCACGACUACAGGAUUUGGAACCAUCAACUGAUCGGGUUCGCUGGAUAUCUCCAGCCAGAUGGAUCCAUCCUUGGCGACCCUCUUACCGUGUGCCUGGACCUAGGCUGGCGAGGCAAAGGCACGGCUUUCGAUGUCUUACCAUUGGUCUUAUCGGCGAAUGGAGGGGAUCCCGAGUAUUUUGUCAUUCCCGAAGAUCUUGUGCUUCAGGUCCCCAUCUCUCACCCACAAUACGAGUGGUUCAAGGAGCUGGGUCUGCGAUGGUACGGCCUACCGGCGGUAUCAGGAAUGUUAUUCGACUGCGGGGGGAUCGAAUUCCCUGCCGCUCCCUUCUCGGGAUGGUACAUGGUCACCGAAAUCGGGGCAAGGGAUCUCUGCGACGCUCAUCGUUAUAACAUCCUCCCGGAAGUGGGGAGGCGCAUGGGAUUGGACACAUCCACUCCUUCCACGCUUUGGAAGGAUCGGGCUCUCGUCGAGGUCAACGUCGCCGUCCUGCACAGUUAUCAGGAGAGCGGAGUGGCGAUGGUGGACCACCACACGGCGUCGGAGUCAUUCAUGAAGCACCUGGAGCACGAAAUGAAAAACCGAGGGGGAUGUCCGGGGGAUUGGGUCUGGAUCGUCCCUCCCCUCUCUUCCUCCAUCACUCCUGUCUUUCACCAGGAAAUGGCCCUCUACAAACUCAAUCCUUCCUUCGAAUAUAUGGAUCCGGCAUGGAAGACCCACGUCUGGCAUCAGGAUAGGAACGACGUCCAUGAUUCUACCAAGCCCAGAAGAAAAUUCACUUUUCGAGAGAUCGUCAGGGCAGUGAAAUUCACAUCGAGGCUGUUCAACCGAGCCCUUCACCGGAGAAUCAAGGCGACGAUCAUCUAUGCGAGCGAAACGGGGCGAUCGGAGCGAUUCGCCUCCAUGCUCGCUUCCCUCUUCUCCCAUGCCUUCAACGCGCACGUGAGUUUCCUGUUCGGUGAAAUUGCACCUAGGGUCGGCUUUGUCCGUCGACUU